UGAUGCAUCCUGGCUUGAUGCAGCUAGUGUUAUCAGCCUACAUAGUCUAGAUAAUUAAUACAUUUAAUAAAAGGCGACACAGGCUGGUUUGUUUCGCAGACGUGGCAGAAGAUGGUGGCUAAGCAGAGAAUCCGCAUGGCGAACGAGAAACACAGCAAGAACAUCACACAGAGAGGAAACGUAGCCAAGACGCUGCGACCACAAGAGGAAAAGUAUCCAGUGGGCCCCUGGCUGCUCGCCCUCUUUGUAUUUGUUGUGUGUGGAUCAGCCAUUUUCCAGAUCAUCCAGAGUAUUCGUAUGGGAAUGUAAUCCAGAAGCAACAUCUACACUCCCUUCAUGCCCUCACUGAGCCUGGUCAGCACGAACCCCUGAACCCGCCCACCACCCUCGCAGAAAGAACCUAGAGACUGCCAGCGGACUUCAGACACGGGUGACCCCCCCCAAACCCGCCCCAACACCCACUGGCAGUUGCAGUUGCAGUGUGUGGUGCUGACAGCUUUUCGAUGGACAGUAAAGCACGCCGGCUGUGUCUUGUUACUCACUUGGCUCUUAUCUCUGUGAAUGUGUGAGACUGUUUAUGUACAUGAGUCUGUGGCCAGCGAUUCCAGCUGACAAUGUGCCAUUUUUGCUUCUUGCAAUAGUCAUCAAGACUUUGUAUUCAAGUAAAUAUUCAGCAUUUAGCAAGCGCCUUGUUUUGUGUUCUUCUCUUGUCUGUGCUGCUUUUCAUGUACUUUUAAUGAAUAAAGGGCCGG